CUCUCCCACACAGGAGAUCCCUGAGGAGAAGACCAGCGUAGACCGGGGUUCGCCACGACUCACGCAGCCCUCACGCAACCCGCCAGAUCCGGUUCGGAGCCAGCAGAUUCCCGUCCUCAGAGCCGAUUCCCGACCAGAACCACCGCGUUGCAGUCAUGUCUGUGGCGGGACUGAAGAAGCAAUUCCACAAAGCCACUCAGAGAGUGAGCGAGAAAGUCGGAGGAGCAGAAGGAACGAAGCUCGAUGUGGAUUUCACCGAAAUGGAAAAGAGGGUGGACACCACGGCUCGAGCCGUAAUGGACAUCAUGACAAAAACCACCGAGUAUCUGCAGCCGAACCCAGCGACUAGAGCCAAGAUGAGCAUGAUGAGCUCCAUGUCCCGUAUGCGGGGGCAGGAGAAGGGGCCGGGCUACACGCAGACCGAGACCAUCCUAGGAGAGUCCAUGCAACGGUUCGGCCGGGAGCUCGGAGAGGACUCCAACUUUGGUCUGGUUCUGAUCGAAGUCGGAGAGGCCAUGCGUGAGCUGGGUGAGGUCAAAGACGCUCUGGACAUGGAGGUGAAGCAGAACUUCAUCGACCCGAUGCAGAACCUUCACGACAAAGACCUCAAAGAGAUCCAGCAUCACCUGAAGAAGCUGGAAGGUCGCCGUCUGGACUUUGACUAUAAGAAGAAGCGGCAGGCCAAAGUGACGGAGGACGAGCUGAAAGCGGCGCUGGAGAAGUUCGAUGACUCCAAGGAAGUCGCAGAGCAGAGCAUGUUCAACCUGCUGGAGAGUGACGUGGAACAGGUGAGCCAGCUGGCGGCGCUGGUCCACGCUCAGCUGCAGUACCACACCCGGUCCGCUGAGAUCCUCGCACAGCUCUCCAGCAAGAUCGACGGACAGAUAAGAGAUACGUCCACCAAACCCAGGAAAGAGUUCGUACCGAAGCCUCGUACGUCUCUGGACUUCAGCAUCAGUGAGAACCACAAUGGCGGGAUCCACGGCGCUCGCUCUCCAGGUGCCAGGUCUCCAGCCAGGUCUCCAGCCCCGUUGGACCAGCCCUGCUGCCGCGCUUUGUACGACUUCGACCCUGAGAACGAAGGUGAGCUAGGUUUCAAGGAGGGCGACAUCAUCACCCUGACCAAUAAGAUCGACGAGAAUUGGUACGAGGGAAUGCUGCAAGGCAACUCGGGCUUUUUCCCCAUCAACUACGUGGAUAUCUUGGUGCCGCUACCCCAGUAAGACGUCAAGACUAACCAAGACUACAAUGAAUCCCGGCCUCCAGUUCCAGUGUUUCCACUAACCUUUUCCCAAACAUUCUUACUAACACAAACUCCACUUUUUCCGUUAAAGCGUCAAAAAGCAAUGACACAAAAUAAAUAGAUGUGAAGAAGGUUGACCAAAGUGCAGGGAUGCACUAAGUAAGUGUGGAAACUUUUACUGAAAACGUUGUGGGGGGGAAAAAACCCUGCAUUGACGUAACGUCUUCUCUGUCUCACUUAAGGUACUUUCAAGCUUCUAUAGUCAUUUUUGCAUUUCGUCUCUGUUGUAGUCAGCUGUCAGUCCAUUAUUAGUUUAUUAGAACAGCUUUACUGAUUCAUGCUUUUUCUCAGUCUUCGUAUUUUAGAAGGUAGAAGCUUUUCUCUCAUGUUCAGCAGGCAUGACAAACGAGUCAACAUGCUGUCUGUUUGUUCAGCAUGAAGCUCAAAUCAUUUAAACAAAAGUCAUGUGGUAGGUUUUGUGUUAAAUUUUCCUCCUUUUAAUAAUGGCCACUCUGACAUUUUCAAUCAUUUUCUUAAGAUAUUCAUGCAAAGAAUGAUUUGACUCAGAUCAGUUUUAGCCAAAAUCACAGGCAUGUUUGUCAAUUUGCUCUUUAUUUUUCACGCAGCAAAGCAUUGUGGAAGGACAGACGGCUGCAUGUUUGAUGCAACAUAGUGAAUGGGGAAGGUUUUUACCUCUUAAAGGAAGUCAUAACAUAUAAACAUCUUUUAUGGUUUCUCAUUUUUUCAGUAAUCAACAAAAUAUAUGGUUGAAGCAUUAAAUCCUUAAAUAUAUGUCCCAGUAGAAAAGAUAGUUCAUGUAUUGUGACUGAAUACCUUAAAAGUCUUAAAGUGAAAGUUGGAUUUUUAUUGUGGGGUUUUGUAGAGUUGUUAUUGGCAGUCAGUAUCUUACUUGACAGUUUGGAGAAUUAGUCAAGUAGUUAGAUGUUUAUAUUCCUGAUCUUAUUCUGAAGUAGGGACAAUUCUGAAUGGUCAGACCAAAGUUGAACUGUUAAUGUGCGGUUAAACGGUUUUAUGAUGUUAGUAGGGUUAUCUCUAACCCUAACCCUAACCCUACACCUUUAAGGGUCCACAAGAACACACCGAGUCAAGCUCCACCAUUAGCAUAAAAAAAGAGAACAGAACAUCAAUUUAAAUAAAAUUGAGCUAAUAUUACUUUAUCUUACUUUACUUAGUUUUGUUUCACAUGAGAAUUUAGUAAACUUAAUAUAUUUACUUGGAUAAACUUCCCUUGAUUGCUCUAAACAAAUUUACUCCAUUUUUCUAAGUAUGAUUACCUGUUUUCCUUUUGCAGUUUAGUAUUUGCUGCAAGUGAUUCAUUAAUUCCUUUCUUCUUUCACACCAAACAGUUUGGUUGGAAAUGAUAAGAUGAAACUUUAGAUUAUACAUAACAGGUGGUUUAAACAACUGUUUAAUGUGGAAAUGACAUCAGCUUUAAGAUUUAUAAAACAAAGUUUGCAUCAAUUCAAUUUCUGAAUCUGGGUGUUUUUAAGAUGGCAGAAAUCCUCUCUGCAACGCUUAUCUCUCUAAUCUGAAGUUAAAAUACUGACCGCUCAAUACUAAUAGCAACACCUCACUCUAAAACCUCUAAACUAUCAUUAUUUAACUGCUCUUUGGAGCAAUAGUUUCUCCUGCAGAGGCAGGCAUCUCUUUGCCUACUAGUACAAUAAUUACCCUCCAGUUUACUUGUAGAAAACACAGAGAGGAGAAUAAUUGUGAAUAUUUUCAGGAGCACAAGAUAAUGUGCAAAUAAAGGAGUAGACUGAGAGUUAAUUUAUAUUUAUUGAGGUAAUAAUAGUAAAAGUUUUAUUUUCCCAUAUCUCAACAGAGCUCAACAUUUGUUAAAUUUAUCUACCGUGCACCAGAUUGUUUUCUAACAAUCAAAAAGUCACGGUACUUUGUUUUCAUCAGCUUGACGCAGCAGAGCACACAUCAUCUCUAAGGCUUUCUACUCUUCUACGUUGACGAUGCAUUAAACUUUCUGCAGAUGUUUUCAGCGUAUUAAUGUUGAUGCAUGUAAUUUUAGGGGGAAAUGUGUGUAUCUGGCUCAUGUUCUGCACAGAAAGAAGUAAAGAGAACCUUUGCUGCUAGUGAGAACCGUUUCUGACAGUGUUUAGCUUAAAAACAAUAAUGGAGGGAUCGGUUUACUACAUUCAGCAGCACUACAGUAAAUGAUGCAAAUUCAACUAUAUAUAAAAAGUGUUACUUUUAUGUCAAAGGGAAGCACAAUUUUUUGUUGGCUGGUGACAAAUCGUGCUGCAGUUUGAAGAGGUUGUGUAUUUAUUCAUUUUUUAAGCUAAAUUCUUCCUUCCUUCUUUCACUUUUUUUAAAGAUUUCUGUGUAUCUUUGCCCUCAAUGAGGACUGUACAGCUUUUUCUGUUUUGUUUUCACCUUGUGUGUAUAGUUACGCAUCUUCAGUAACGUAUUUUAUUUUUGUAACUGUGUCAAAAGUAUUCACAAACAGUAUAGAUGUGUAUAUAUAUAUAGUAUAUAACGCAGAAGUGAUGUUACAAGUUGGGAGUGAGGCGGGUGGAGUUUUCUGUGCUGCACAUGAUUGUCUUUGAAAUAUUUUCGUGUUUUGUUUGUGUUUUUGUUCUGUUCUUGCACUGGAUUCUAUGACUGUACGCUUGAUGUAAAGAUAAGAAAUGUGAUGAGUCAAUGUAAUUUAUUCAAAUAAAUACCAAGAAAUGGUUAUUCCCUAAA